AUGGGUUUUGUGAGAGGUUUGCCAAGGACGAAGAAAGGCCCCGCCCGGCCCGCGCCACACAGGUCACCUACGCAAACUGCAGUCCUGGAGCCCGCAUCUGCGUCGCUGAGCCAUGGAAGGCGUGAUCGAUGCCAGGCCGUUAGAGAGACGGGGCCUAGACAGGCUGCAUGUGAGACCCCGCGGAAUCUCAGGAACACCAGAACCGGAAAUGACCGCAGCACGCCGGAAGUUUACCCGUUUCCAAGGCAACGGCACCACCGCAACUACAACCAGUUAGCUGUAGUCGGGACGCUGGAAAGCACCUCGGAGGAGAGGGUAGCGGCUGACUGCGGCCGCCGCCAGAGCGACUCGCGGAGAGUAGCAAUCGAAGACGGCGGCCGCCUCACUAGUCAUCGCGUUUGGAGGACAAACGGCCGACAUGGUCAAAGCGGCGGCCAGUUAAGGGAAAGAGUUAGCGAAGACAGGGGAAGUAUCCGUGAAGGCGGCGGCCACCUCUAUAGGGGCUCUAGAAGAGUACGUGAAGACAUCGGCUUCUCCCGCAGUGACUCGAGAAGAGUCAAUGAAGACCUUGGCAGUGUCCCUCUGGAGAGAGUUAGGGGAGAUGGUGGCCGCUGUUACAGCACCUCCUGGGAGACAUUAAGGGGAGACCGCGGCUUCAGCAGCAGCGACGUGAAUUUAAGUGAAGUCGGUAGCCACCAAACUAGUGACUGUGAGGGACCGGUCCGAGAAGACCGCGGCCUCCGCUUCAGUGAUUCUUGGGAGGGGGUCAGAGAAGUCCCCCAAACCAGCGACUCCGGGGAGAGAAGCAGUGACUACCACAGCCGCCGCCUCAGUGACUCUUGGGAGGAAGGGAGUGCCGAUGGCGGCCACAGCCUCAGUAAUUUCUGGGACGGAGUAAGUGAAGAUCGCGGCUACGCGGCCAGCGACUCCUCUGCGGUGAGCGUCAGCAUAGACGCCAGCCGCCGCCUCAGUGGAUUCUGGGAGGGAGAAAGUAUAGACGAGGGUUCCCGCUGCGGGAGCUCCUGGGAGAGAACCAGGGAGGACGGCGGCCCCGGUGCUAGCGACGACGAGGGCGGUAGCCGCUGCAGUGGCUCGUGGGUGACAGCAAGUGAAGAUCACCGUAGCAGUAGGGGCCUGGACUCGAUUCCUCCCCGAAGUCCGCGGGAUCGCACCAUGCCCGGGGUGUCAGAUUCAGGCCCCUCCACUUCCUCUAGGGAGACUGCAACCCCAAGUGCCCAGAAGAAAGUGCAUUUUGGUAACAUACAUGAUGCAGUACGGGCUGGAGAUGUAAAGCAGCUUUCAGAAAUAGUAGAACGUGGAGCCAGCAUUAAUGAAGUUGACAUUCUCCAUAAGUUUUCCCCUUUACAUUGGGCAGCACAUUCUGGAAGUUUGGAGUGUCUUCACUGGCUCCUCUGGCAUGGAGCUGAUAUCACCCAAGUAACCAUGAGAGGUUGGACAGCAGCUCACAUAGCUGCAAUCAGAGGCCAAGAUGCUUGUAUGCAGGCUCUCAUAAUCAAUGGGGCAAAUCUGGCAGCUCAAGAUGAUCGUGGAUGCACUCCUUUACACCUUGCUGCAACACACGGACAUUCUUUCACUUUACAGAUAAUGCUUCGAAGUGGAGUGGAUCCCAGUGUGACUGAUAAGAGAGAAUGGAAACCUGUGCACUAUGCAGCUUUUCAUGGGAGGCUCGGCUGUUUGCAGCUUCUAGUUAAAUGGGGAUGCGGCAUAGAAGAUGUGGACUACAAUGGAAACCUUCCAGUUCACUUAGCAGCCAUGGAAGGCCACCUUCACUGUUUUAAAUUCCUACUCAGUAGAAUGAACAGCACUACACAGGCUCUAAAAGCCUUCAAUGAUAAUGGAGAAAAUGUACUGGAUCUGGCCCAGAGGUUCUUUAAACAGAACAUUUUGCAGUUUAUCCAAGGGGCUGAGUAUGAACAAAGUGAUUCAAAAGAUCAGGAAACCUUAGCAUUUCCAGGUCAUAUGGCUGCCUUUAAGGGUGAUUUGGAAAUGCUUAAGAAAUUAAUAGAAGAUGGAGUAAUCAAUAUUAAUGAACGUGAUAAUAAUGGAUCAACUCCUAUGCAUAAAGCUGCUGGGCAAGGCCACAUAGAGUGUUUGCAGUGGAUAAUUAAAAUGGGAGCAGACAGUAAUAUUACAAACAAAGCAGGGGAGAAACCCAGCGAUGUGGCUAAGAGGUUUGCCCAUUUAGCGGCUGUAAAGCUAUUAGAGGGGCUACAAAAAUAUGACUUGGAUGAUGAGAAUGAAAUUGAUGAAAAUGAUACAAAGUUUUUCUUAAGACAUGGUGUUGAGAGAAGCACUGAUGCCAAGGAUGAUCUAUGUCUCAGUGAGUUGGAUAAGACAAAUGCCAGAAUGAGAGCUUAUAAGAAAAUUGUUGAAUUGAGACACAUGCUGGAAAUUGCUGAGAGCAACUAUAAACACUUGGGAGGGAUAACAGAAGAAGAUCUAAAGCAGAAGAAAGAACAACUUGAGUCAGAAAAGACAAUCAAGGAGCUGCAGGGCCAGCUGGAGUAUGAACGGCUACGCAGAGAAAAAUUAGAAGGUCAGCUGGAUGAGUAUCACGCAGAGGUAGAUCAACUCAGGAAGACACUGGAAAAGAUUCAGGUCUCCAGCUUUGCUGUGGAAGAGGACUCUACUGACUCAAGCAAAGAUAAAAGGCGAGUGAAGAAAAAGGUGUCUUCUGGGGGAGUUUUUGUGAGAAGGUAUUCAUCAAUGAAAUAACUUUAAAUAAACUUAUUUUUCAUUUUUAAA